CUGAAAGGUUCCGCCUUGUUUGCCAGGAUUGGCUCGUUCAUAUUCACAAAACGGUGAAUUGUCCAAUCAGCGAAAAGUUUGGGUGUACGACGAACAUGCUGCCUCGCAGCCAAUCGUAAUGCAGGAGGCAGGAUUUGCGCCAGUUCUGCUGGAAAAAAUAACGCGUGCAAACGCGCUACUACUGGCGCAUGCGCAGUUUAGCCUUUAUUCCAAACGGGCGCUUCGGGGCGGAGAUGAGCAGUGCUGCCUGCUCGCUGCAGAUAUAUCUGAUAAUCAACAAACCCAGUGAUGCUCAGUGCAGAGGACUGACAUGGCAGCUUUCCUCAGAAGACUGUGAGUUGAUCUGCAGGAGAAUGCUGGAACCGACGUCACGUUCGUUCUCCAUCAUAGAUGAAUCCCUGAAGUCUUUCUGUUCCCAGUGUUUGAAUUAUUUGCUGUAAUCGCUCUGAGCUCACAUAUGGUUCCCACGUGCCACAGGCCUGUAAAUAAAGGGAGAGCCUUUUUGGAAUAAAGUGCUGUUUUUGCACAUCGUUAUUACAGAUCACAGCGUUUGCUUGCCUUUUUUUUAUGCGAGUUUUGGUCUAUAACUGGUUCGAUCGUAAGGAAACAUGGAGGCCAAUAUGGAAUAUAUUGUGGGACAGGUGAUGCAGAAAGACCUGGGACGACGACUCCAGGUCGGACAAGAGAUCAUAGACUACAUUCUGGACAGGCAGAAGUCACAUGAUCUGGAGCACGAUCAGACCAUGCUCGACAAGAUGGUGGACGGCCUGGCUACUUCAUGGGUCAACUCUAGCAACUUCAAGGUGGCUCUUCUGGGAAUGGACAUUGUGUCUGCUUUAGUGACCAGAUUACAAAAUCGCUUUAAACCCCAAAUUGGUACAGUCCUGCCCAGUUUAACAGACCGUUUAGGUGAUGCCAAAGACCAAGUAAGAGAUCAAGCCCAGGCUCUGCUGUUAAAAAUAAUGGAUCAAGCUGCCAAUCCACAAUACGUAUGGGACCGAAUGUUGGGAGGAUUCAAACACAAGAACAACAGGACCAGAGAGGCUGUCUGUUUCUGCCUUAUUUCCACACUAAAUAUAUAUGGAGCCCAGGGUUUAACUCUGAGCAAGAUUGUGCCUCACAUAUGCAGUCUUUUAGGGGACCCUACAAGUCAGGUUCGAGAUGGAGCUAUGAACUGUCUUGUGGAGAUUUACAGACAUGUCGGAGAGAGAGUGCGAAUGGAUCUUGGGAAAAAAGGCUUGCCACAAUCACGGUUGAAUGUCAUUUUCAGCAAAUUUGACGAAGUACAGCGGUCAGGGAAUAUGGUGCUGUCUGCAGAUAAGAACAUAGAUGAUGACGACUCUGUGGAUGGAGGCCAUUCCUCCGCCUCCUCUAAAGGAGCAGCGUCUGUCCGCCGAACAGGAUCCGUGCGCAGACCAAGCUCUGCCUCCAGCACCAAGAGCACAGGAAAAGAGGUGUCAGCUGCUGGUGCUUUGGAUGAGGAAGACUUCAUCCGUGCCUUUGAGGAUGUGCCCACCAUACAGAUUUACUCCAGCAGAGAGCUUGAGGAUUCCAUGAAUAAAAUCAAAGAGGUCCUCUCAGAUGAAAAACAGGACUGGGAGCACAGAGUGACCGCGCUGAAGAAGGUGCGUUCGCUGCUGCUUGCCGGAGCCACUGAUCAUGAAGCGUUCCUCCAACAACUGCGGCAGCUGGAAGGAGCGUUUAAGCUCUCCGCUAAAGACCUGCGCUCUCAAGUUGUCCGUGAGGCCUGCAUCACACUGGGGCAUCUGUCGUCCAUGCUGGGUAACAAGUUUGACCAUGGAGCUGAGUCUAUCAUGCCCACGUUGCUCAAUCUCGUCCCAAACAGCGCUAAAGUGAUGGCCACAUCCGGCGUAGCAGCCAUCCGCCUCAUUAUACGACACACACAUUAUCCUCGGAUUAUCCCCAUCAUUACCAGUAACUGCACGUCCAAAUCCGUGGCUGUCCGGCGGCGCUGUUAUGAGUUUUUAGACCUUUUACUCCAGGAGUGGCAGACGAGCUGUCUAGACAGACAUGUAGCUGUUCUGAUGGAAACCAUUAAGAAAGGAGUCCACGAUGCAGACGCAGAAGCCAGAUCUGUUGCCAGAAAGUGUUAUUGGGGAUUCCAUGGCCACUUCAGUAAGGAGGCGGAGCAGCUCUUUCAGGCUCUCGAGCUGACCUAUCAGAAGGCUCUGCAAUCGCAUCUGAAGAGCUCGGAUAGUGUUAUGUCUCUCCCUCAAUCCGAUCGCUCCUCCUCCAGCUCUCAAGAGAGCCUCAAUCGUCCACAAUCUGCUAAAGCAUCUGUAGGAAGCAGUACAACCAGGAAUAAAGUGGUGAGCUCUAGAGUGUCCUCCACACCUGGCUCGCUGCAGCGAUCACGCAGCGAUGUUGACGUCAACGCCGCUGCCACCGCCAAGUCUCGAAUGCCCAAAGUACCCGCUGCUGCUCCCUUCAGCUCAGCUGGUGCACUGCCGCCUGGCUCCUACGCCUCGCUAGGUCGUGUGCGCACACGGAGACAGAGUUCCGGCAGCAGCGUUGGAGGCGGAGCCUCUGUUACAGACAGCAGGGGGCGGAGCCGAGCGAAAGUGGUGUCGCAGUCACAACCUGGGAGUCGUUCCAGUUCUCCUGGGAAGCUUAUUGGUCAGUCCUAUGGCAAAAUGUCCUCUGUGACCUCAGCAGAGAAGCGCAGUAGGAUCCCACGCAGUCAGGGCUGCAGCCGAGAGAGCAGCCCCGGUCGCUCGGGUCAGGUGCGGGGUAGUCGCAUCCCGCGGCCCAGUAUGAGUCAGGGUUGCAGUCGUGACACAAGCAGGGAGAGCAGCAGAGACACAAGUCCUGCACGGGGUUUUACUCCACUUGUCUCUCGGCGCCACUCGCGCUCCACCAGUGCCCUGACAGGCAGCGACGCUCUGCAAACAGAUCGUUUUGGGCUGAUCCAUCAGGCGCGGAUCUCUGCCUCGGUCAACGCCAUGCGCAUCCUGAACACAGGCAUGGAGGUGGAGGCAGCAGUGGCUGAUGCUCUGCUAUUAGGAGACUCCAGGAAUAAGCGGAGGCCCGUGCGGCGCUGGUACGAGUCUCCUGGCAUGUACUCGGACGAUGACGCCAACAGCGACGCCUCCAGCGCCUGUUCAGAGCUUUCCUACAGCUCACGUAACGGAGGAGUGCCGCACUACAUGCGCCAGACGGAGGACGUAGCCGAGAUCCUAAACCACUGCGCCAGUUCCAACUGGUCCGAGAGGAAAGAAGGCCUGCUGGGCCUCCAGAACCUUCUGAAGAGCCAAAGAACCCUCAGCCGUGUGGAGCUCAAGAGGUUGUGUGAGAUUUUCACUAGGAUGUUCGCCGACCCUCACAGCAAGAGAGUGUUCAGCAUGUUCCUGGAAACGCUGGUGGACUUCAUCGUGCUGCACAGGGAGGAUUUGCAGGACUGGCUCUUUGUGCUCCUCACACAGCUGUUAAAGAAGAUGGGCGCUGAUCUGCUGGGCUCAGUGCAGGCCAAAGUGCAGAAAGCUCUCGAUGUCACCAGAGAUUCUUUUCCCUACGAUCAGCAGUUCAACAUCUUAAUGCGCUUCAUUGUCGAUCAGACACAAACUCCAAACCUCAAGGUGAAGGUGGCCAUUCUGAAGUAUAUCGAGUCUCUGGCCAGGCAAAUGGAUCCCACUGAUUUUGUGAACUCCAGUGAGACACGCCUGGCCGUCUCCCGCAUCAUCACUUGGACGACGGAACCCAAGAGCUCAGAUGUCAGAAAGGCUGCUCAGGUGGUGCUGAUCUCCCUGUUUGAGCUGAACACACCAGAGUUCACCAUGCUGCUGGGAGCGCUGCCUAAAACCUUCCAGGAUGGAGCCACCAAACUCCUGCACAAUCACCUGAAGAACUCCAGCAAUGCUGCAGCCACGAGUUCGCCGAGCAACACAGUGGGCCGCACACCUUCAAGACACUCUGGUUCCCGCACCAGUCCCCUGACCUCCCCUACAAACUGCUCUCAUGGAGGACUCUCACCCAGCAUGCUGGAAUAUGACACAGAGAACAUGAACUCAGAGGAGAUCUACAGCUCUCUGAGAGGAGUCACUGAAGCCAUUCAGAGCUUCAGCUUCCGCAGCCAAGAGGACAGCUAUGAGCCAAUCAAACGCGACACCAAGAAAGACGACGCGAGUGCCGUAGCGUCCUGCGCUGCAGACCCCCGGCUAGGUACAGACGUGAUGGAGGGGGGCCGAACGGCUCUGGACAACAAGACGUCGUUACUGAACACACCGUCCCCUCGCUCUUUCCUGGGGCCGAAGACACGCGAAUACAAUCCCUAUAACUACACCGACUCCAUCAGCACUUACGAUAAAGCUGCUCUGAAAGAGGCGGUGUUCGACGAUGAUGUGGAACAGCUCCGUGAUGGUCGUCGUCAAGAGUUUGGUGAAAACAAAAUCAUGGCUCCCAAAAGUUAUUCUGCAGGCCCUGCGCAGCACCUGGAGCUGGUUGGUGACCUCCUGAAGGAGCUGUCCAAUCACAGCGAGCGUGUGGAGGAGAGGCGGGCCGCCCUGUUGGAGCUGUUGAAGGUGACCCGUGACGACAGUGUGGCCGUAUGGGAGGAGCAUUUUAAAACCAUGCUGCUGCUGCUCCUGGAGACACUGGGGGACAAAGACCACACCAUCCGGGCGCUGGCGCUGCGUGUUCUGAAAGAGAUCCUGCGAAGUCAACCUGCACGCUUCAGGAACUAUGCAGAACUGACCAUUAUGAAAACACUGGAGGCGCACAAAGACUGCCACAAAGAGGUGGUGCGUGCCGCAGAGGAGGCCGCCUCCACCCUGGCUUCCUCCAUCCACCCGGAGCAGUGCAUUAAGGUCCUGUGUCCCAUCGUACAGACUGCAGACUACCCCAUCGACCUGGCCGCCAUCAAAAUGCAGACCAAGGUCAUCGAGCGCAUUCCGGAGGAGUCCCUUUAUCAGCUGCUGCCUGACAUCAUCCCCGGUCUACUCCAGGGUUAUGAUAACACUGAGAGCAGCGUGCGGAAAGCCAGUGUCUUCUGCCUUGUGGCAAUUUAUUCUGUGAUUGGAGAAGGGUUGAAGCCUCAUCUUGCCCAACUGACGGGCAGCAAGAUGAAACUGCUGAACCUCUACAUCAAGCGAGCCCAAACUACCAACAGCAACAGCAGCAGCUCCUCUGACAUCUCCUCCUACAGCUAAACCAACCAAUCACCUUCUAAACCAAUCCGAACCUCGCUCCCAGUCCAAUUUUACUGAAACGACUUAAAGGACAGUGGUUUUGAUCGAAUUGAAUCCUUCAUUAAACCCAAAACAACAAUAAUUAUAUAACAAGACCUGUUUUUAGAAAUGUGACUUGUUGCUUGUUCGGUUUUGGGUCCACGUUCCAGUAUGUGAUGACUGAAACGGCUUGUAUUGCCGUACUCCUGAAUGUGUGUAUAUCAAACAUUAAUGAGAGCAGUUGUGCCUCAGUCCAGUGGACCUGUUUGUCUGUAUUCUCUUGUAGGGCAAUCUAUUUCUAUUAAAGGAAUACUCUUUUUUUUUUUUUUUUUUUUUUUUUUUUUAAAUCUCAUUACCACAUCUGCAGGGUAUGUGUAAUGACCAUGGACAACAAUUUAGAAAAUUGCCCUUUACUGAGAAAAGAACAGAAAAUCUGUUCAUAUAUUACUUGCUUAAAAUGAAAGUCUAGUCUUUUUUUGCAGACCAAUGCUUAGAGCACGUUUAUGAAUUUAUAAGUCAAAAGUUUUGAAGCUUUAAAUCUGUCCAAUUCAGCCUUUCAGAAACAGAACUAGUUUUUUUUGAGGGAAGAAUUUGUUGGUAUGUGAUGUAGUUACUCUAACUCUAGGGAAACAUGGAAGUACCUCAUUGGCACAAAAUUGUAAGUGAAGUAUCUGAAGGAUACUUUUUACUGUAUUGCUUCACUGAUAGAACAUAGGGUAACACUACAUAAGAACAUUUUUAUGUUAAAAUGUGUAUUUCUGUACUAUCCUAACAUGUUCAUUGUUAGAGUCUACUGUUUGGAGUUUCAAAUUCCUGUUAUAUAGACUUAUAUAUAUAUAUAUCUUAAACAUUAAUUCACUGCACCAACAUCUGCCCCAAAGACUUCUAUUAUAAGUCUGAAUUUUUCUUAGUACAUGCAAAUGUGUAGGAAAACUUCAGUGCUUGGACCACCACAGAGAAAGGAGCUUCUCAGUAAAGGGAAGCGUACAGGGAAACUUUAGUUCUUGGACCCCUACCAAGAAAAUGUCUUCUGUGAUUACACAUACGCUAUAGAUUUGAUGUACAGAGAUUAGAUUGAAAAUUUCUGGAGUAUUCCUUAAAACCCUUUUUUUUAAAAAAACAUUAUUCCGUCGGUGCAGAGGAAAAACGACGUACUGUAGCUGGUUGCGUUUUAAAAUCAUUCGGGCGUAAAAUUCAAGUAGCGACAUUCGCGAUUGGCGAACGAAAACUGACCAAUCAGCUGCUGUAUUAUUGUUCGCUUGUGUCAACAAUUCAGUGAUGGACGUUUUAUGUCUUAUAAAUGUAAGGACGAGUUGAACGUUCAUUCCUAUGUAGGUGUAGUAAGACAUCUUUAUCACUGCUGCCUCUAAUUUCUGGAAAAUUCUGUUGCAUGCUAAUCAUUUGGACCUACAGAAAAUUCUCUUCUUGGGGGGGGCAUGUAAUGCUAAAUAUGCAAGAACAGAGAUUGUAUUUGUACAGUAAUUGUCCUUUUUGUCCAUUAAGAAGGGAAAAAAAGAUGAAGGAUAAAUGUAUCCCUGGUUCAUUCUGUAAAAACAAAACAACAACAAAAAAACCCCCCCGAACAUGUAUAGAAGAUUUGACUGAGCAUUUCCUGUUAUACCUGAAUUUGCUUGACGAUCAUUUAGCUAGUUCAGUGACUUCCAUGAGGAAGUCUGCUUAGAAUAAUAUAGAAAUUUUAUUGCCUUUGGGUUCGAUUUUGAAGACCAAGAAAAGAUAUUUAAAAGGACUGUGGAUGUCAGAUAUGCUCAAUUUGAAGCAAACCUCUUCAUCAGUGAACCUUCAUCUCAAUGAUGUUCAUAGACCCAAAGUAAACGUUCAGCUAACUGAGCUUAACAUUGGCCAUUUUCAGAUUACAAUACCGCUAUGAAAUGACACUUCGUAUGAUAAGUACUCGCUCUAAUACUUAUAAGUUUAGUGCAAAUGUCAAUUUUAUUUCGAGCAAUAAUUCUAAACUGAUCCAAAUUGGAUUCACUUUUAGCCAAACCACUUAUCCAAUUUUUUGGUUGUGGGAACGUCUGUGUGCCUGUAUGGCCUUUUAAAGUUCUUCCUUACACAAAGCUGCUGUUAAUUGAACCCUGGCUCUUUAGCUAUUACACUUUGUGCUCUUGAAUGCUGAAUGUUGACAGUGUGUUGAUUUGUUACCUAGCUAUUAGGUCAUGUACUAAUGUUCAUAAAACAUUUUCGGUAUGUUUUUAGGCGCUUCAGUUGUACAGCUGGGGACUGAAGAUGUCUCCCCAGCAGUGGACUCACUGAAUCGUAAAAAGUCAGCAACAAUUUUCCCUGGAUGUGUAUUCUGUCUUUGUGUCAGUAUGAAACUGGAUGAGAAACGUUUUACAUCUAGGUUACAGUCAUCCAGGUUACAUCUAAUGUCUUGUGGUAAGUCAAUAUAUAUAUAUAUAUAUAUAUAUAUUUGACUUACUACAAUAUAUAUAGUUGUCUAGAGCAUUGGUUCUCGAAGUGGGUCCAGGUGGCUCUGAUUUAUUCAUUUAGUUAGGACGGUGAAAAUCAUAAAUCCACUUUUAUUUUUAUUAUUAUUAUUAUUACUAUAUUGUUCCUAAGUUCCUAUAGUUGUUAUAAUGCUCCAUACCUCUCAUAAAUUAAAAACAAUACCUCCAGUACUCAUUAAAAUAAUGAGGUUAAUAUUUGAAUUAGUUUGUUUAUGCUCAUACAUCAGUGCUGAGGGGUCUGUAGAAUUUAUUUUAUAGUUAACGGAGUCCCUGGCUGCAAAAAGUUUGAGAACCCCUGGUCUAGACUUAACACAACAUGACAGAUACUAAGAACAAUUUAUUAGUAUUUGAACUAAUUAAGUCAGAAAACAUUAAAUCAACCUCACUGCAAAAAAAAAAAAAAAACAGUAUCUAUGCAAGUGAAUAAAGGCAAAUUCAUUUAAUCUAAUACAGUAUGUAUAAUUAUGAGAUUAGUAUAUAGCAAAAAAAAAAAAAAGAUCUCCAAACCCAUUUCUAGAGCGCUUUUACUAAUGAACUACUAAUUUCAAGCUUGAAAUGGUCUUUUUUUAAAAAAAAUUUUAAAAAAUCAGUGGAUAAUUUGGCUCUUUUCUUGAAAUAAACUGCUGAGAUAAGCAAAAUUAUCCACUCAUUGUCCAUUUCAAACCUAAAAUUAGUGUCUGAAACCACCUACAUUGCGGAAUUUGCCUAUAUUCAUGAUAUUUCUACUUGCUUAGGUAUUGUGUGACGUUUUAGCAGUGUUUUAAUCGACCAUCCUGAAGAGUUCUUCCUGCAUGCACGUAAAAGCAUGCGUGUUUUAGCAGUCGCUUUCACAAUCUCACAUUCUGGAUCCAAUCUCUUCUGGUGUAAACACAGUACUGUAAUGAUGUGUGCAGUAAGCAGCGUCGUACUGUAGCUGACUGAGUAAUGAUCCUGGUUGUGUGUAUACUGUAGAUAUGUUUACAUGGAUACUUACUAGGGCCCCAGGCUUCGGUUAGAAAUGUCUAGAGGGUCCCAAUGCUUUAUACGUUCCCUCACCUUACUCUUCACUACUACUACUACAGAAAAGCACCUCUUCUCUUAUAUCCAACUAUGUUCACUUACGCUGCAAAUGUUGGGGUUUUUUUGGUGUGUGUGUGUGUGUGUGUGUGUGUGUGUGUGUGUGUGUGUGUGUGUGUGAGGGAAAAGCCAGUGUUUUAAAGGACUGUUACAACGGCAGCCAGUACAAUGCUUUUGCUGACGUAUUGAAAUAUUAGCCGACACGCCUCCUAUCGCUUUACUGUGCAUGCCUUUCGUUUAGCUGCUCUUAUUUAAUAUCCAUAUCUGUAUUUAUGUGUUUUAUUUCGUGUGCGUUCCAACAACUGUACAUAAAAGACCUGUUGUUUUUUUUGUUUUGUUUUUUAAUUAAACUUCCACCUGUGAUAGAUUCUGUAAACACCAUUUGCUCUAGAUAAAGCAAAACCUCUGACUUUUCCA